AUGAGCGAUCAGAUUGCGACAGGAUCGGGCGACAAGCUUCUGAGACCGCUUCUGCAACCCCAGACAGCGCCUGUGGCUGCAGACGGGACCAGUGGCUCUUCUAACACUGGAGUAAGUUCUGGCACUGUCAGCCACGGCAGCAACGAGUCCAGUAGCAGUGGCAGCUCUCUGCGCGUGCCAACGGUUUCCGAAACGGUUCCGUUACCGGGAAACGGUCCACAUUUGCAUCAACGUCAGCACCAGCACCAACUGCAACCACAUCUUUACCAGCAAUCACAACAACAACAACAACAACAACAACAACAACAACAACAACAACAACAACAACAACAACAACAACAACAACAACAACAACAGCAGCAGCAGCUUCGACAGCAACAACAACAGCAGCAACAGUAUCAACAGCAACUCCAGCAACAGCACCAAGUCGAUCAACAUCAGCACCAAGUCGAUCAACAUCAGCAUCAAGCACAUCAACAACAACAACAACAACAACAACAACAACAACAACAACAACAACAACAACAGCACUUUCAACCGCAGCCUUUCCAACAGGCCCAGCACAACUUCAUGUCUGCUGCUUUCCAGCAACCUCAGAGGACAUAUCCCGCCAACUAUGGCCUACCUAUGACGGCUGCUGCGGCAAAACAACAGUCGAUGCCACCGUAUGGCACAAGCUACAAUUCGCCUUUAGGCCCGGGCUAUCUACCAAGCCCAAUACCGCAGCCUAUGCUGAGCGAUAAAUCUUUGGAUGUGUACCGUGGUUACCAGCAGCAGUUCCCAGUGUUUCAUGCAACGCAGUCGCACUUCUCGCCGCCGUUCGAAUCUGACAAAGAACGAAGCUUCAUGGAAUACGCAGACUCCCGGACUGAGGUCCCCAAGGAACGUAGCGCAGGGUCAAAUACGAAGAAGAAUGGUAACGAAGCGAUUUUGCGAGAGAUGGCUUUAAAGAACAAGUCAAAACCACUAACAGAGUGCGCCUUGACCGUUCGCGAAGCAGAAAUCGCUGUUUUGAAUAUGGAUUCAACAACACAUAGCAAGUCGGAGAUCCAGGCCGCGGAGCAAAUCCGCGAACGUGAGAGACAAGUAUACGCUCUAACGUGGCUGAUGGCUACAUGUGUUGAAGAAAAGAAUAGUUUCGUUCCCAGGGGUCGCAUCUUCGCCCAAUAUGCGGCAUGUUGUGCGCAGAACAAUCUAAAACCGCUUUCUCAGGCAACGUUGGGUAAAUUGAUCAGAACGAUUUUUCCUGAUCUCACUACCAGGCGUUUAGGUAUGCGUGGUCAGUCCAAGUAUCACUAUUGUGGUUUGAAUCUCAUUAGUUCACCGAGGUCAUCAUCUCCAAAUUCACCUUUGGUCAAUUCUAACCUAGCGCGAUUGAGCGGUAUCAACAAAGAUCAAAGUAAAAGCGAGUCAGAGAACAGUCAAGAUCUCCAUGACGCCCGGAGUGGCCAAGCGAGCGAAAGCGGAUCACUUUACCAAUCAUUGCCAGCGCCGGGCGUCUCGAUUUCGAGGGCUGCCACCCCAAAUAUCUUUCAGGAAAAUCACCGUGGCCACACCGGCAGGUGGGGUGAUACCGUGUUGUGGGAGUCUUUCAAAAUUAUUGAUGAACUUUUCCGCGAUGUUUCCACAGUUGACAUUAAUGUCUCUUUGGAAAUUCCCUCCAUCAAUUCCUAUUUGCCGCCAAACACUGACGUUGACAUUGCUGCUUCCCUUGAAUGCAUGUAUAAAGUUUAUUGCAACACUGUCCAGGAAAACAUCAGUUUUGCAAAAUUUGAUGCUCUAACAAACACUCUGGAAUCAUUUAGCUCCGGUUCCAUCUCUCCUCAAAUGUUCAAUUUGUUCAUUUCCGAAUAUUUAUAUGAUUGGGUCAACCAGGCCGACCUGGUCACGCAUAGGACUGCGAUCAGGUCUUUGACUAAGUUCAUCAAAGAGUUCUUAACGAUUCCUUCUUCAGUUUCAGAAAAGCUGAUCAACUUCUCUCACACCUACUCAGAUAUGAUAUCCAGUGCCAAUAUCGACUUACCGGUUCCCAUGGUAAAGAACAAAGUUCUUAUUGCCAAGAAGUUUUCGAGACUAGUCAAACGCACAACGAGAGUAAUUAGAACUGCAAAGAGUGCUGCAAAGACGUACAAGGCCACAUCUACAAGGGAAGAAAUGUAUCAGGAUUGGAAGAAAUUUAUCAAUGUCCGCGAUAUAUGUCGAUCGGAGCUUUACUGCUGCAACAAUGACGAAGCGUCCUUGGAAGAGAUAUCUUCGUUCAUUUCCCAGGCCAUCGAUACUUUCUUCGAUCAGGACGAUCAUUUGAUCUGCGAGAACUUCGCAAUCGAACUAGCAUCGCAAAUCUUGUCCUUUUUGGCUAAGAUUAGAGAUCAGCCGGUGUCAGUCAUAAUGGCUAAUGCCAAUGUCUUCACCACGGGUGUGAUACGGGAACUUAGCAUCAUGGGUUCCGAGCAUGCUGGUUCUUGGUGGGUCAUCAAAACUUUUAUAGAUGAAUGGCUCUAUUGGUGUGAUGAGGCUGGCAGAUUUAUGAUGUCGCCCAUGUAA